GAACAGCAGUAUCUACGAACCGGCGACCAGCGGUAGAUCUUCGCGGCGUCGUGCACGUAGUACUCGCAUAGGCGAUUCUAAUCUCGGUUUUUUGCGUCAAGACAACGGGAAGGUGCGUUCGAGGGACGAGUCGAUCAAAGUAUCGACGCACGUCAUCUGGCCCUUGCACAGGUGGUUAAACUGCUGGAAGCUGCGGUCUUCUUCGUUCAAACAGGAAGUUGUGUAGUCCGUCUCUCGCGGCACCAAUCGUGACAUUUCGCAUUAUCGACUGGUGGAUGAGACGGUGAACGGGGAAAGAAGGGCAUCGCGACAGCGCGCACGGCAAGCGAAGCCACCUGAAGUGCCUCGCGAGUCACCGCGGCGCGAGUGUGACCAGGGGGGACGAUAGGGUGUUGGCCGGUCGUGCAGGGACGCCUCUCAGAACGAAAGUGAACAACGGAGCAACGUUUUGUAACGACGCCGUGACGACGCACCGAAACGCGAGUGCCCAGCUCACGAGAACUCGCGAGAGUCGCGAGAGUUCUCGCGUGUGUGAUUGAUGCGCACCUAACUUCAGCGAUGAUCCACCGACGCGCCCCGAUUAUCGCGGUGUGAUUACCUCGAUCUACGCCUCUGUUCAAGUGACAAGUAAAUAAGUUCAGAUAAGUUCGUCACGCGAAAGCACAAGGAACUUUCGUUUUCAUCGGCGCCUCAUUCGCCGCGUAGAUCGUCGAGACGAGCGGUGCGUGAAUCAGCGUGCGUCCUGCUACGCACGCGACUUCAGUGCAGGAGCAGCCACACCUGCGCGCCCGCGUGAGCUACUCUCGCGUGUGUCGCGUGCUCUCGCACGCGCGGAACAUGGCCAACGCGCGUGGAGGACGCGCGUACGGCGUCGUCCGCUGUUGCCUGUACCUGCUGUUCACGAGCGUCGUCGCGCUCGCUCAGGACAUAUCGCCUGGCAGCCGUUAUUACAAUCGCGAUGGCGUAUAUGUGCCACAAGACGCGGCCGGCUACAGAACCUACAUCUACAAGGAUAGACGAUACGGCUAUCAGCCUAGUUACCUGGAGCCCGGUUACAGAGGACCCACUAGAGCACCCGAGGAUCGAUUUCUUUAUGGUACUACGGAAAGGCUUCCAUUGCCAGGAAUAUUAGGUGGUUGGCGCGAUGAUCUUCAAGGAAGAGAAAGACCAGAUUCUAAAAAUUUUAGAGAUAGAGACAUAAUUGUAAAUACAAAUUAUGGCCAAGUUCAAGGAUUUAAAGUUCAACUCUAUGAUGAUCCAUAUGCAAGGCACAGACCUUACACUAUGGCAGUGGAAAGGGUCACAAAAACUGUUAAUGUAUUUUUGGGCAUUCCUUACGCUAUGCCACCUACCAGAGAAGGUCGUUUCAAACCUCCCAGACCUCACAGGGGAUGGCAACUUUUACAAGCUGUGGAUUGGGGACCUGCUUGUCCUCAACCUAGUGAAUAUACUGGUACUACAAAAGGUGUGCGAGACGUUGAUGAAGACUGCUUGUAUCUAAAUAUAUUCUCACCUACUAUUGGCUAUGGAUUAGCAAAUAGAUAUCCAGUGAUGUUUUACAUACAUGGCGGUGAAUUUAGUCAUGGGGCGAGUAAUUUGUUUCCAGCUCACAUACUAGCUGCCUUCUACGACGUUGUAGUAGUGUCAAUUAAUUAUCGCCUUGGAGCACUUGGUUUUCUAAGCACUGGAGAUGAAAAUAGUCCUGGGAACUAUGGAAUUCUUGAUCAAGCUAUGGCAUUACGCUGGGUCCAUGAUAAUAUAAUUAGCUUUAACGGAGAUCCUGAUUCUAUAACACUCUUUGGGCCAGGUGCUGGAGCAGCAAGUGCAGGCUUAUUAAUGAUUGCACCAAAAACUCGGCAAAUGGUAGCCAAAGUUAUAGCGCAAUCAGGUUCAGCCUUAGCCGAUUGGGCGGUGAUAAUAGAUAAAUAUCGAGCACAAAAUACCUCCCGAGUGUAUGCAGAAAUGCUCGGCUGUAGUAUAGAGAGCAGUUGGAAAUUGGUACAAUGUCUAAAGGAUGGACGUAGUUUCCUUGAAUUAGGCAAUUCUGAGUUAAAGCCACACGUUGGAAUGUUUCCAUGGGCACCUGUAUUGGAUAACAAUUUUACGGUACCUCGAGAUGAUUGGUAUGAAGAUUGGAGAGCGACCGACUGGCGCUUCUUUACGGAAACGCCAGAACAGAGUAUUAAAGCUCGCAAAUAUAGAAAAGAUUUGGCUUACAUGGCCGGCGUCACGACUCAGGAAGCAGCAUUUAUUAUAAGAAAUAAUGCUACACUAGCAAGGAAUCAGUACAUAAUAACUCCUGAGGUAUUUGAUCAAAGGAUUUGGGAAUUGGUUCUUCAGUAUAAUUAUACAUUAAAUCCUUUUGGAAUUUAUGAGGCGAUAAAGUAUAUGUAUACAUAUUGGCCAGAUCCAUUGAAUGUCACGCACAUACGUGAUCAGUAUAUAAAUCUCUUAUCAGACUUUCACUAUGUUGCACCAAAUGAUAAAAUAGCAAAAUUAUUGGUAGAGAGACACGUGCCGACAUAUCUUUAUGUCUUAAAUACCUCGAUAGAAGCACUCCAUUCGCCACAGUGGGCUAGAGUACCUCACGAUACCGAACUUUUGUGGUUAACAGGAGCACCGUUUAUGGACGUUGAAUUUUUCCCGCAAAAAUGGAGAUUGAGUCGAGAUAUGUGGACUGAUAAUGAUCGUAAUAUGAGUCAUUUCUUCAUGAAGGCAUACUCUAAUUUUGCAAAAUAUGGAAACCCAACACCUUCUCAAAUCUUGGGACUGCACUUUGAUCUUGCGCGUCAUGGACAGUUACGAUAUCUCAAUAUCAAUACAACGUUCAACAGCUCCAUUGAAAUAAAUUAUCGUCAAACCGAAAGUGCUUUCUGGUCCAUGUAUUUGCCAACUGUUAUUGGUUAUCUUGUCCCUACAUAUCCUCCCGUUACAGAAUACUGGUGGGAACCUAAAGAACCACUACAAAUUGCAUUUUGGUCAAUGUCGGCGACGUGCCUGUUACUACUCGUACUUUCCGUGGUGUGCUGUAUGCUUUGGCGUAAUGCCAAAAGACAAUCUGAUCACUACUAUAGCGGAGACAUCCUGAUGGUACGAGACGAUGAGCCCUCCGAGGGAAUCGAGAAUUUAACACGCUCGUCUAAAGAAAAUAUAUACGAAUAUCGCGACGUACCAGUAAAGGCCAGAAUACCACGUCAAAACGAGGCGAGACUGCAAGAACGUUUAGCGAAUAACAGAAAGUUUAGUUCUACACCUUCAUUACGUAGCAAUUCUAAUGUCUCGUUGAAAGACAUGAGAUCAGAAGGCUUUGUUACGAGCUCGCCUAACGGUCAGCUUAAGAUGGCAAAGACAAUAAGUCAAUCUUCACUGCCGAAAGCUAAAAGUAAAACACUUUUAGUACAGGGAGUACCACAAACAGCUGUUUAAUACUUAAGUUACCAUUAUACAAAAAACAUUGACACUCUUUUUAUAUUUAUUUUUUUUUAUCUAGGUAUCUUUUUAAAUAUAUUAAUCGUGUUUUUUAAAGAUGAUCAUUUGUUCUUAGAACAUGCCAUAAAUUAUUAAAUUAAAAUUUUAAAAAGACAAUUUUAUAUAUUACAAUUUUAAAAAGAAAGUAUAAAAUAAGAAAUCAAGUAUACAUGUACGGACAAUAAUUGAGACAAUUAUAAGAUGAUAUACUCGUAUUACUUAAUAUUUUUAGUCUAAAUGAUGAAAAUUUUUAUGUUAUUGAUUGUAUUGAAAUGUACUCUGAAUUAUUAAAUUGCUAAAGUACAUUUUUUAAUAUCAACGAGAUAUUUAUACAUAUGAAUGUGUAUUCACAAAUCAAACAUUAUUAGUCACAUUUGUAUUUUGAUAGCCUAACCACACGACAUUGCCAUUUGCAUGUAAGAUUAUUAAGUUAAUAAUUAAAGGGUUUUAAAUUUUAAUAACUUACUGUGUAAAAUAUUAGAUUUUUUUAUAAAUUGUGAAUAUAAUAAUACAAAUGGCUGCUUUGUGUAUCCGUCCAUAAGAACAUAAUUGUUAUAUAAAUGAAAUAAACAUUUAUUUAUAUAUAUUAUGUAUAUAUAUUAUAUAUGAGAAUAUCAGAUUUCAUAUUGCUCUACAAAACUGACACUUUUAUAAAACAUAAGAUCCAAUUGUGUAAGAUAUAGUUCAUCUAUAGAAAAAAAGUGCAAACGCAAAAUAAGAGACGUUUAUUUCCAGAUUUAGGUAAUUUACCUUUUUCAAAAUGAUUAUAAUAUACACAUGUAAUUACAUUAUAUAUAUAUGUUUUUGAAUGUUUAAUAUAUUCAUUAGAUAAAGUACGUAGCGUGCUUAGCGAUUAUAAGCAGGUUUCAAAUACAACAUUCCGUUGUUCACUGCAAUUUAUUAUAUAUUAAAACUUUUGUUUGUAUACAAUUAGAUAUAGACUAACAAUAAGUGCCUCUCGCUACAAAUUUCAAAUUAUGUUAAACACACAAAUUUACUUCACGUUGCAAAUAUAUGUAUAUGUAUACAUUAAAUAUAUCCGCAUAACGAGUUUAGCUAUAGCAUUAACGAUCUCAUUGCUAAUGAAGUUGUAAUGUAAAUGUAAGUCUGACACUUCUGAGAUUAAUGUUACACGCACAUUCGCAGUAACUUUCGGCGAUGUGUUAUUUACAAAUUGUGCAAAUGCAAUUUAUCAGGUGUAAAGAAAGUGAUUUGUAAGCAUAUAAGAAUUAGUGCCUUAAGAUUUUAUAAACUAUUCAAUAAUUUCAUUUGUAUAUGUUAUGAAGUUAUAUUACAAUAUUUUGCACACACAA